CACUGCUAUGUGAUUGGUUGAAACACUCUAGAGGCGGGUUAUAGCUCAGCUAUACUGUAACAUGAUUGGUUGGCACUGAAGAGGGCAACUUUGCUGUCUCCAGGCUUGAAGAAAGAAACAUUUUCAGUGGCUUCCCAGGCCCUGAUUGGCUGAGGCUGAUAAAAGCGGGAAAAGAUCUCAUUGGCCAAUACUCCAGAAAGCAAUAGCGAUUGGUCGAAAUGUUGCCUUUUAUUUCCAAGGCUCUUACUAUGAAUUCUUACAUCUUCGUUUGUUGUUGGGAAGCAGAAGGCGGAGGAUGGAGAGAAGAUGCUCCCAGUUCUUAAUGUUUUAAAACCAUAUAAAUAUUGCUUCUCCUUAAUAGCAGCAAAUUCAAGGCUUAACAUUAAUUAAACACAUUUAAUUUGUUAAUUUCCUGCCUCAUAGUUACAUUAUUUUCUAGAAGUUAGUACAGUAGUGCAACUUCUCCUUCCUGAGGGACAGAGGCUUUUCGUAUCAAUCUUUUCAUUAAUUAACCUUUUCCCAUUUUGAUAAUUGCUUUAUACAAAUAACACAUAAAAUAAGUCUUUAGUUUGAGCCUCACUGAAAUAUUAUAAACUCCACCCAAUAUUAUAAAGAUCCACCCAGUACCUAACAUUUCUCUGUUUUUAAACAGCCAAUGUCUAAUUAAUUGGUGUAUGAAUUGAUCGCAACCCCAGUAAUAAUCCUUUAUCAAUAUUAUUACUUAAUUAAUAAUUGCUCCACUUGAUUUUUUUGCUGCCACUUUGGUCUCAAAAGAACAUAAAUGUAUUAAAUCCUCAGUUUUUAAUUACUUAAUUUAGUUUAUUUAAUUAAUUAAAUACACAGUUUUUAAACUGUAUUCCAGUCACUAGUCACUGUUUAGAUCUCCCAUUAAUUAGUCAUCAAUUGUUGCUUCAGGCUAAUUGCUUCAGGCUAAUAUUAUUUAAUAGAAACUAGAAGUACAGCUGCUUCCUGAGGGACAGAAACCUUUUGUAUGAUUAAUUACUUCUCCCCAUUUAAACAGAUUAAUAUUCCUUUACACACAGAUAAACUAUGAAGUAACCCUUUAGUUUGAGCGUCUCUUUUUCUCUCUUUGGGCUGGAAUAUUAUAAAGGCCACCCAAAUAUUUAUUUUAUAUAUUAAAAAUAAAAUUAAAAUAUUGCUUUUUUGCCUUUUGUGAAUUAUUAUUCACAAAUUAUUAAUAGUCCUUUCAGCUAUUUUGUGUUCUUCCCCCCUUUGUUUAAUCUGCUAAGAUUUACUCUUAAUUGUGGGUUAAUUUGGCCAUCUUUUUCUCCCUUCCCCAUAAUUUUUGUAUGCUCCUUUGUGAGCUAGUCGUGUUUAUUGAAUUCUAGAUUGUAAUGACCCUUGUAGUCAUCUAUUUUAAUUAAUAUCUUCUUCAGCUUGAGUAAAUUAUUUGCCUUUUCAGCUGUUUGUGUUGUCUCUGUCCUUUCAGUGCCAUUCAAAUAAAAUAAAACCAACCACCUACUAUAAUAUUUAGAUGAAUGAACUAGCCUUGAUUGUUAGCUUAGGUCCAUUUUACAAUUAAAUAAAUAGGGAAGAGCAAUCCUCCAUCUAUUUUUAUUUUAUGUGCGCCGCUGAUGACUUUUUAGCGUUUAAGAUUGGGUUCAGUAUUUAUUACAGGCUGCUUCUAGGACGGCAGUGUCCCUUUGGAGACAACAUUGAAGAAGAAGGUUCUGUGUGAGUCUGAGUGAAUUAAAACCAAACAGCAAUAAGAGUGCCUUCUGCCUGGAAAGGAGUCACUGUCUGCGCUGGGAAAAGGACCGUCCGCCCAUCGCAAGGGUUUUAGGGGCGUCUGGAAGCUUCACAAACUUGCCCCCGGAAAAGUCAAAGCGGCAUCACCAUGUUUUAUUAUCCCAGCGUCCUCCAGCGUCAUACUGGAUGCUUUGCUACAAUUUGGUUGGCAGCGACUGGUGCAACUAAACUAUUGAAGCGGGAGUACCUGAAAGUCAAUGUCCCACAAACCUGUGCAGAGAUCGAGGCUUUCAUCGUUAUGCGGGUUCCACCACCGAUGCCUGGGGUGCCGCAGCCCCGGUUCUCCCUCUACCUCUCUGCUCAACUGCAGUAUGGAGUGGUCCGUGUGUACUGCCGCCAGUGCCAGUAUCUUGUCGAGGAAAUCCAGCAUAUCUUGGAACGGCUCAACCGGGCCCAACAGCAGAUCCGUAUUGACCUGACAGACCUAGAACAGCCAGGGCUGCUUCUGCCCAACCAACUGGCCCUGAUGGAAGCCUUGGAAGAAGCUCCUGAUCCAUUUUUCGGCAUCAUGGAGCCUCUGCUUCUCAGCCCUGAAGCCAUUCCACAUGUCCGGUAUAUUUUAGAAGCACCUACUCCAGAAAGAAGCCGCCCUCGGGAACCAUCUCCUCCAUCCCCCCAGCGUCGGCAGCCAGGAGAGUCGCCCAUCACUGCCUCCCCUGAAGCCAUCACACUCAAGGAAGCCGAGCCCAUCACAUUGCUGACCAUUGAGGGUGAGCAAGAUCUCCCUGAAAUCACAGGCCGGGAGAUCGACAUGCUGGUGGAACAGGAAGAUUUUCUGGUGGCGCCAAGUGAAGAGGAACGCCUCCGAUCACCCCAUGUUUCUCCCAGAAAAAGACGUGCAGAAGAAGAGUCUGCAGAGAAAGUCAGACAGCAGGAGCCCUUGGUGUCUUUGGGGCUGUCACCUCCCACACGGAUUGGAGAGGAGCCAUCAGUUGCAGGAGACGCAGGACUUGCCUUGACAGGGGAGAUCCUGCUUCCAGGAGAAGUUCCUCUGCUGCCUUUAGAGAUGACACCCAUUCCAGAGGGACCAAGGAUGCCACCUUCUCCCCAUUCUCCCCACGUCAGCCCUGGGUUGGAGCGACCACCCCCACGGAGCCCUGAGCUCGUCUUGCCAGAGUAUGAGCCAUCCCCAACCCAACCUCGACGGCGACGGCGGCAGCUCCGCUUCCUGGAUGUUGUUACCCAGAUUUCCCCGGAAGAAUUUAAGGAACAGAUUGCAGACACACAGAUCCAGUGUCAGCCCCGAGAGAAGGUUCUGCUACCAGCCAAAAGGCGGAAAACACCAGCUGAGCUCAUGGGAACAGCAACAUACGGUUGGAUGCAUCCCACCCUCCAGGAUCUCUGGUCCCGCCGGGCCAAGCUCCAGCGUGUGGAUUAUGCACAGCAGAGAGCAUUAAAGGAGCAAGCACAGAGAGCAGAGGGGGAAGAAGUGGCACAGAGAGCUGAGGUUCCUAGUGAGCUGGAGGAGCUACGAGCAGCAGAAGAGCCAAGUGUGCCACCCAUGGCCUCAUCAGAAAUUUCUCUUGAGACAACUGAAGAAGAACAGCAUCCCAGUCUGGUGAUCCCUGAGGAGAGGAUCCUUCUGGAGGAACCAGAGGAAGUGCCAUUAGCUGUUGUACCAGAACUCCCAGAAAUCAGUUUUGAGCUACCCUUAGAUAAGGACAUUAUCACCUUGGAGUAUGUUUGCAGGUUAAUUUCAGCCAAACUAGAACAGACUGGAGAGAUAGACUUUGACCACCUGGUGCCACUUACCACUUCUCGGCUUGUUGCCAGCCGCUUCUUCUAUACCUGCUUGGUUCUUGCUGCAACCAAGUACAUGCGCCUGGAGCAGAGAGAGCCUUAUGGACGGAUCAUCAUUCACCCAGGAGCCCGCUUCCGUCCCAGCUAGCAAGGCCCGACUCUCACGCUCACAGAUGCCAUUUGGGAGUUCUGCUGGCUAUGGAACUGAGGGACGCAGUAGAGCUCUCCCUACAAGAAGGGGAAUUAACCAUUUGGGCAGGGCAGAGAAGAGAGGAUUUGGGUUUCUGGUUGUUUGGGUUUAAGAGAGAUUCAUUUGUUGAUGCCAGUUUUUAAAAGCUCUUGUUUCCAAAGUAUUGACGUGACUGAGAAUGCAUUGAAAAUUGGAUUUAAAUUAAUUGAAUAAAGAUGUUCUGUUUAAAAAGACAGUACAAGAAAGGCCUUAAAGCAGGAAAUCAAAUGGGUUUUUCAUGAAAUUUGAAAAGCAGAUUCAUCAAAAACCUAAAAGUUGCCAUUUUGGGGUUGACCAAAGGGGUGAAAUAAAAAUUCAGUAACAAA